UGAAAAUCUUAAAUUGCAAAUGGCUGGAUAUAGACAGAUAAGAGAUCUGCAAUCAAACCUUGAGAAGCAGGAAAAAGCUCUUUCAUUUACAAAAAAUGUCGCUAGAAGUGGCAACAAAUUCUAUAUUAUAAAUGGUGUUGAAGCCACUUAUUCUGAGGCCAGAACCAGCUGUGCCAAUGGCGGAGGUCAGUUGGCUGUACCCCGGACCCCCGAAGAAAACCAAGCCAUCUUCUCCCUCCGCAAGCAGGUCAAUCAGCACACAUUCAUGGGUAUAAAUGACUUGCAGAAAGAUGGUGAUUUUAGAGACCUGUCUGAGGAAACCAUCAAAUACUUCGACUGGCGCGCAGGGGAACCCAACAACCGUCGUGACGAUGAGCACUGUGUGGAAAUGUGGGAUGAUGGAGGGUGGAAUGAUGAGAAUUGCUCAAGCAAACGUUUUUUUGUUUGUGAGUUUUAAAUUAGAGCAAGUUCACCAUUUCUUUGUAUCCAUGUACCUCUUGUAUUCUUUAAAGGCACAUUUUAAAGCUUU